AUGCCCCAGCCAUCAAGUUGUCUGUCGGACGCGGAGGAGGACCAGAUCUACGGGUACACUGGAGGCUUCAGGAGCGGCGCCCUCAGACCCCCGUCCCUGGGGCAUAGCAACCAUGCCUUUAUCCACCACAACCAGGGGUGUUUGAACCCCCGCUCUACUCUCAUCUACGAGCUCCCGCCCGUCGGAGACGUGAGUCGAGGGGGUAACGGGAGGAAAAAGCUCGGUAUUGGCAAGUUCCUAAAGACACUCAAGAGGGACCUGAAGCGAUCAUCCGGAACCUCCAAAAAUAACAAAAAUAGACUGACACACAACUUGAAUAACGUGCCAAGGAACUACGGCGAGCCUGGACUGAGUACCACGCCCUUGGUGAUGCUGCCUGGUUACUCCUCCCCUGCCUCCUCCCGCGGCUCCCACUCCACGCACUCCCACUCCAGCAGCCACUCGAACGCCGCCUUCGUGUCCGCCUCGGCCCCUGGCACUCCCGGCUCCUCUGGGCCGGUCCGGGACUCUGGACUUCAGGAGGCCAUCGAGCGGCUGAAGGAGCAGGAGAUGCAGAGACGCCGCGAGGAGCAGUUUAGAGAACACGAGCAGAUCCUGCGAGACCUCCGUCAGGGGCUCCUCCAGACACAGAGACCCCUUCGGGAGACUGCCAUAUUUUACACCAAAGGAACGCCAUACCUAGACGACACCUAUAUGUACGACGACGACGUAGGAGACGACGGGGCGGUCGUCGGGGCGGCCCAGGGCUGCUUGGGGCCGCCCCAUCACUGGUAUGAUGAGCCGCCCUAUGAGUCCGACCCCGAAGACUUCCUCAUCGGCAAGGACACCUUCAGAGAGCCGCACGUCAGCAGUCUGAGGGUCGUUAUGAACGAGGAGGACAUCAUCUCCCUCAGAACCGCGGGAGACAUCUCGGUACCCCGUGACGUCACCAGAACCGCCCACGCCCACUGGGCGGGAGGCGGACCCAGUUUUGCCUUCCGCAGCCCCGCCCACACCCACCGCCACCCCACCCACACCCACUGGCCAGAAGCGGGCUAUCAGAGUGGGCGGUGCGUGACCAGCUACGCGCAGCCCGUCUACGACAAUGUGCGGUUGGUGAAUGUGGCGGCCAGUAGGCCUGAGCGACAGCGGCGGCGGGAGCCGGAGUACCACAAUGUAGAGGCGGUGCGGGCGGGCGGGCGCCGCCCACGACGCCCACUCCUGCGGGAGAGCGGCGGAGACUACGCCUCAGACGUCCACAGCGUCACCUCCAGACUCUCCAACGUGUCCGUGGAGACCAACCGCUCCGACCCGACGGACCUGCGGCUCUCCAAGUAUACGGUGAGUGUAAUGGCGGCAGAUGGUGGUGCAGCGGUAAGGGAGAGUCGCAGCAGUGUGAGUGGUGGGAGCGAGGAUGGCCAGUCACCACCACACUCGUCAGACUACGAGGAGCAGGAGGGCGAGGGCGAGCGGACAGGAUCAGCGUCCUUAGUAGGACGUAUGCGUGGACUUCGACGUGACAUGCAGAAAAAAAUAUCUCGGCUUAAAAGUCCGCGAGGCAGCACUUGCAGCUCCCCGGGGCCGGCGGGGAGCGGUGAGAAGCCUGGGGCGUCGCUGGCGGCACCCGCUCACCACCACCCUGCAGCGGCUUCUUAUGAGAGUAUCCCAUCCUCUGUUCCUCUCGCUACACCAGCGCCAGGAAGCAACCGAUCAUCAUUGUCUGGGGAAGAAGCAGAGCCUUACACCGGUCCAUUCAUUGGCAGAGCUCGGGCCCUUGUUGACUGUCAGCCUUCACCCUAUGAUAGAGAUGCACUCAAGUUUAAGAAAGGGGAUAUAAUUGACAUCAUUGCCAAAAAUCCAUCAGGAUUAUGGAAGGGCUGUGUAGAUGGACGUGUUGGCCACUUUAAAUUUAUCCUUGUGGAGGAAGAGGUAGAACGUCCAGCUCGUCGUAGUCGUGCUUGGCGAGGAACGACUCCACGUCGUGGUCGAGCACGUACUUUAGAGGAAAUUCUCACAAGAUUGCAUCUUGGCCAUCUUAUACAGGUGUUUGUUCUCAAUGGCUAUGAAGAUUUGGAUCAGUUUAGAGAUUUGGAAAAGGCUGACCUGGACUGUCUUGGUAUUACGGAUCCAGAGACUUGUGCCAAACUGUUAACUGCUGUGGCAUUACUUCAUGAUGCUGAUUCUGAGCCUGAACCUGAUCCUCCAGAAAGUUUAGACACCACUGAAGCAGCACUUCGUCGUGGUGACCAUGGGCGUGAUUCAGGCUGCUAUACUGAUCAUCGUAGCACCCAUACGACAGUAUUAGAUGAAAAUAAUUUAGAUACACGACAGUCAACUCCAUCUACAGAUAAUUCAUCAGGUUAUCAUUCUCGUGGUGCAUAUAAUAUUCCUGUAGGGGAAGGCACACAAACAUCACGUGAUGACCCACAUAGUUCUGCACUCGAUUCCCCACCCUCCGAAUCGACCACAACAGGUGCUGUAGCCACAGUUCUUUCUACCCAAACUGAAUCUCACUCCUACCGUGCCCAUCUUGCUACCGUCCUGCCUGCCAGCCCCCGUUCUCAAGCACGUCACAGCCAUGCUGCAGAACAGAAACAUAGGAAAGAUCCCCAAGUGGAUUACGAAGCGAAAUUCGUUACUGCACGCAGUGUAUUUGAAAAGGAUUCAGUCAGGCGUGAAGUACCCUUCACUGUACGUUCUCAAAAACGUAUGGGUUCUUCUCAUUCAUUAACUGGUGAAACAGAAGAUGGAGUAAAAUAUGAUAUUAGUGUAGCUGCUCCAGAACUGCCCACACCAUGAGAAUUUAGACACAAACUAAAGCGAACUACAGAUUCCCUUGAACUACCCAUUUAUAGACUGCCGUUAUAAACCCUUUAAUCAUAUACUCUAAACUUUGUUCAUAUUUUAGUAUUCUGGGUGUUAAAGUAAAAAUAUUACCCCUGCAAUUUGAAAACACAAAAUCAAUAUAUUCCUACUGCAAAUUGAUGAUCUAAUUUAUCCUCUUCUGUGCUGUCAUAUCAGGUAUUUGACAAACUGUUUAUAUUAUGUAAAGCCUCUGAAUGCAGAUAGAGCAAGUUAAGAAAAAAUUAACACAAUCAAAAUAUAAUUACUUAAUAGUUGAUGGUAUAAUGCAGGACCUACCUAAAGUUGCACGAGAUUCCUCUGUAUAGCUAGUACUGUGAGUUAGAGGUGUGAGAGGGUCAGUACUUAAAUACUUGUUCAGAAGUUCCCCCCGUAAUGAGUGGUGCAGUGCAGUUCCUGUUCUUUAGUAUCGAGGGUUUUCUAGAUGUUCCUGCAAUAGGAAAAGUGGCUGGGAAAGUAAUGCAGCCAACUUGUAUAGCCUGUCUUUCAUUUGUCUCUUAACAGAAUUAUAUCAACUAUUACCAUAUCAUUUUAUAUACAUGUAUAUAUAUAUACAUGUGUAUUAUAUAUAUAUAUAUAUAUAUACGCACACACAUAUAUAUAUAUAUAUAUAUAUAUAUAAACACAUACACACACACACACUAUAGAAGUAUGAGAAGCUGUAAUAAAUAUUGUACUUGACUCUGGACGUCUAUUAUACUUACUCAGUAGUAGUUUUAUUGUGCGAAAGUUCAAAUGAAAAGCCAAUCAAACAACCCUUCCCUUUGUGAUCCAAGAAAUAUACUUGCAAAACCUUAUUUAAAAGUAUAUAUUGAAGAUCUGUUAUUCUGAAGUGAACUUUAUAUUAAUAAAAAGGUGAACAUUGACCUAUAUUAAAUUGCCCAUUCUGUUAACUUUUGUAUUUUCAUAGCUGCAAAGAAAAAUAUAUAUAUUAAAUCAGUUUUGUAAUUUAAUCAAACAUCAAUACUGUGAAUUGUUGUCUUUUAUGUAAUUAUUUUGUUUUAUUUGAAAUAAAAUAUAAACGAUUGAUUUUUGUAACAAAUUUACAAAAAGAGUUUAUAAAUGGUUAGAAAAUUAUUUGUAAUAUCUUGUUCAAGAGGUCAAGCAGACUCAUACUGCCGAAGGUGUUUGUUACAACGGAAACUGAAUUCAGGUUAUUUUGAAGUUUGCAGAAGUUAAGAAUCAUUUCAACUUAUUCAAUAACUAUUUAAUAACUGGAGGAGGUGGCCACCUCCCCACACAACAUGCCGUGAUAAGCUUGGCUGUGUACUCACCGAACAAAUGCCAGCACAUCUUUCAACAUAUAGCCUUGUGAUGUCAAAAUUUUUUGUUCAUUGAUCUUUUAGUCACUUAUAAUUAUAUCACUUAUGUAUUAUAAUUUAUUAUUAUUUUUAUAUAUAUAAUCACAAUGUUUAUUGCUCAUUUUAGUUCACUGAAUCUCAUUCUAUUUAUUAUUUACUUUCACAAAAAAAUUUCUAGGUGGAAAGUUUAAUUUCGGGACUGAACCAAGUUUUAUGUUUCAAAUGAUGCGCUUCCUAAAAGGUCACAUUAUAGAAUGUCUCUGCAGUCCUAUAUUUCCUAAACUAGUGAAAUUUUACUCUUCCAACUUUUGUAUUGUACAGAAGUAUGUGUCAUCACUAUUUAUAAAUAGUCUUAUAUUAAAAUUCUAGGUAAAAA